AUGACAUAUAAAAACAAGCAUGGUUCAAAUAUUCUUCACAUUGCUUGUGGUUUUUCUCGAUUAGAAAUGUGCCAACAUAUCAUCCAGCAUUAUCCAGAUAUGCUUAAACAGGUGGAUAUUAGUGGAUGGAAUGCCGCAUUAUACGCUGCAAAAGGAGGAAAUGUCAAAAUACUAGAAUUUCUGGCGAAAAAAGGCGUCGACAUGACACAGAAAACCAAGGAUGGCAGUAAUAUUCUUCACAUUGCUUGUGUUAGUUCUCGAAUAGAAAUGUGCAAACAUAUCAUCCAACAUUACCCAGAUAUGCUUAAUCAUAUAAAUAAUUAUGGAUGGAAUGCCGCAUUAUACGCUGCACGAGGAGGAAAUGUUGAAAUUAUAGAAUUUCUGGCGGAAAAAGGCGUCGACAUGACACAGAAAACCAAGGAUGGCAAUAAUAUUCUUCACAUUGCUUGUGUUAGUUCUCGAAUAGAAAUGUGCAAACAUAUCAUCCAACAUUACCCAGAUAUGCUUAAUCAUAUAAAUAAUUAUGGAUGGAAUGCCGCAUUAUACGCUGCAAAAGGAGGAAAUGUUGAAAUUAUAGAAUUUCUGGCGGAAAAAGGCGUCGACAUGACACAGAAAACCAAGGAUGGCAGUAAUAUUCUUCACAUUGCUUGUGUUAGUUCUCGAAUAGAAAUGUGCAAACAUAUCAUCCAACAUUACCCAGAUAUGCGUAAUCAUAUAAAUAAUUAUGGAUGGAAUGCCGCAUUAUACGCUGCAAAAGGAGGAAAUGUUGAAAUUAUAGUAUUUCUGGCGGUAAAAGGCGUCGACAUGACAUAUAAAACCAAGGAUGGCGGUAAUAUUCUUCACAUUGCGUGUGUUAAUUCUCGAUUAGAUUUGUGCCAGUAUAUUAUCCAGCAUUAUCCAGAUAUGCUUAAACAGGUAAAUAAUAAUGGAUGGAAUGCUGCAUUAUAUGCUGCACAAGGGGGAAAUAUUAAAAUUCUAGAACUUCUUGCAGAACAAGGCGUCAACAUGACACAGAAAAACAAGCACGGCCAUAAUAUGCUUGAUAUUGCCCAUAAGAAUUCUAACUCAGAAAUGUGCCAAUAUAUCAUUCAACAUUAUCCAGGAAUGCGUAAUAAGGUAGAUGAUAGAGAAUGCUGUAUUAAUUAG